CAAAGCUGUAUAAAAUUGUUCUUUUCUGUUUUUCAGAAUCCACCAGAGAAUAUGCUGCCACGAAUAGCCUUUUUGCUGCUAAUGUCCUUGAACUUGGUUCAGUGCUUUUAUGAUCAAGAAUCUGAAACAUCCAAAGACAUAAAAGGAACAGUACUCAACACCAAGACACACGUAGUCAUUCCCUACACCAUAAAGACUAAAGGUAUACCAAUAAAAGGAGAGAAAGGUGCUGCUGGUCUACCAGGCCCUGCUGGACCUCGAGGGCAUCCAGGUCCUUCUGGACCACCAGGAAAACCAGGCUAUGGAAGUCCUGGACAGCAAGGAGAGCCAGGGCCGCAAGGACCACCAGGACCACCAGGCACUGGGAAGCCAGGUUUGCCAGGAUUUCCAGGAAAACCAGGGGGGAGAGGACCAUACGGACCAAAAGGAGACAUUGGACCAGCUGGUUUUCAAGGACCACGAGGCCCACCAGGGCCACGAGGAAUCCCUGGCCCAGCUGGACUCUCUGUGACAGGAAAACCUGGAGAACAGGGACCUGAAGGAGCCCCGGGCCCCAGAGGCUAUCCUGGAGAAAAGGGUAUACCAGGGAACCCUGGUGUGAGUGGACGGAAAGGGGAUAUGGGGUAUGGCGUUCCUGGCCACCCAGGUGAGAGGGGCCUUCCAGGCCGACAGGGUCCCAUGGGACCACCUGGCCCUAUUGGAGUAGGAAAAAAAGGUGAAACUGGGUUUCCAGGAGAGCCAGGCAUCAAAGGAGAUCAGGGUUUCCCAGGAGAAAAGGGACGAGAUGGUCUACCAGGUCCCCGAGGUCCUCCUGGGGAACGAGGACCAGCAUGUAUUGGAAAGCCAGGAAUUGAAGGACCCCCAGGCCACCCAGGGAUUCCAGGAACAAAAGGUUUCUCUGGGGCUCCAGGAAUAGCUGGGCCCCCAGGGGAGCCUGGCUAUGGGAAACCAGGCUUGCCAGGACUGAAGGGACAAAGAGGACCUGCUGGCUUUACAGGGGCUCCAGGCGCCAAAGGUGAACAAGGGCCAGUAGGUCAUCCUGGGGAGCCAGGUCUGACUGGACCUCCUGGAAAUAUGGGACCCCAAGGUCCAAAAGGCAUCCAGGGCAACUAUGGUAUUCCAGGUGCUAAAGGUGAGAGUGGGCCAAUUGGGCCUUUCGGACUCCCUGGGGCUAAGGGUGAAAGGGGCUUCCCUGGGUUAGAUGGAAAACCAGGGUUCCCAGGAGAACCAGGUCUCAGUGGCCCUAAAGGUAAUCCAGGGUUAAUGGGCCCAAAAGGUGACUCUGGAGUUAGAGGACCUCCUGGUCUCCCAGGCUCUAUAGGCCCAGAAGGAGCUAAGGGAGUGCCUGGAAAAAAUGGUGAGGUUGGUCCCAGAGGGGAGCCUGGAAUACCAGGCGCCAGAGGCCUUAUUGGGCCACCAGGCACUUCUGGAUUCCCUGGAGCUAAAGGGGAUCCAGGAAAUCCAGGUCUACCUGGCCCAGCUAGCAUACCAAUUAAGGGCCCCCCAGGACCCCCUGGGCUACCAGGGCCAGCAGGGCCAAGAGGCUACAAUGGACAGCCUGGUGUCCCAGGGCCCCCAGGCCCCCCAGGCCCCCCAGGCUCCCCAGGCCCAGCAGCUGUGCCUAAGGUGCUUAUAAAGGCAAACCAGAUGCCUUCUCUUUCUGGGAUAUCUCUUAGUGCCAAACAGGGAAUACCUGCAUCUGCUUUUACUGUUAUUCUCUCCAAAGCUUACCCAGCAACAGGUACUCCCAUCCCAUUUGAUAAGAUUUUGUAUAACAGGCAACAGCAUUAUGACCCAAGAACUGGAAUCUUUACCUGUAAGAUACCAGGAAUAUACUAUUUCUCCUACCAUGUGCAUGUGAAAGGGACUCACGUUUGGGUAGGCCUGUAUAAGAACGGCACCCCCAUGAUGUACACCUAUGAAGAAUAUACCAAAGGCUACUUAGAUCAGGCUUCAGGGAGCGCCAUAAUUGAUCUCACAGAAAAUGACCAGGUGUGGCUCCAGCUGCCCAAUGCGGACUCAAAUGGCCUGUACUCUUCUGACUAUGUCCACUCCUCUUUCACAGGAUUCUUAGUGACUCCGAUGUGAGCACAUUCCCAUUGAGCUAAUUUAAAUCCUCUGCUUGAAAAGGCAUUUCCCCAACUCCAUCCCACCCCACAAAAUGCAUAUGGAGGUAGGCUGAAAAGAAUAUGAUUUUUAUUUCCAAGCUAUCAGAUCAAUAAUUUCCCUUCCCUUUGAAAGUGACCAGCAAUACUAGACCAUAUAAGAAGACCCUCUUGAAUCACUAGUCAGCAAUCCUAUGGCCCUUAAAAUAUU